AUGUCUUUACGAGGAGACUUUGAACGCGAUGGUUUUGCUGUUGUUGACGGAGUUUUCAGUGAUGAGGAACUACAAAAAAUGAAAGAUUCCAUGGCGGAAAUAGUGGGAAACAUGGAUUUGGCCGAACAUCCCAAGAGCGUUUUUUCGACUUAUGAUGAGGAUAAGGUUGGUUUCUGAAACCACGGCAUUUUUUUUGGCGACAGCCCGCCCAUAUUUUUUCCGUAAAAUUUAGUGUGUCGUGUUCAUACACUCCGGCGCUCAGGCACACGCCGUGUUAAACGUAUUUUUAGUUAUAUUUUUCGCUCUCUGGUGGCUAUUUUGAAUUUCGCGGAAAUAUUUUCAACACGCGAUGCGUUUUAAAAUACAAAAAAAAAACAGAAAAAUCGCGUUUUUUAAAAUGAGAAGUAUGUUCGUCUCGGAAGCCAUUGAUGCGCCUUUAGUAUUUCCUGUUGUUUGCGCAUUUUUCCCAUGACGUCACUUGGGAACGGCCGAGGUUUUGACCAUGCCCCCUUAAUUUUUGGUUUUCCACUCACAAAAACGCCGUGAAAUAUUAGAGCGUGCUAUAAUAACUUUUUAAGCCUUGAAUUGAAAAAGAUAUGAGUGAAAAUUUGUAAAACCGAAUCUUUUCGGAUUUUAAAGCUAUCACUGAGUUAAAAACGAAAUUAGCAUCUCAAAUUUCAAAUUUUCAGCACACUUCUGAUGAUUAUUUCAUGAACAGUUCCGAUAAAAUCCGUUUUUUCUUCGAAGAAGGCGCGAUUAAUAGUGAAGGAGAGCUGAAAGUUGACAAGGAGGUCGCUUUGAAUAAAGUUGGACAUGGUAUUUUUUUAAUAUUUUUUUGAAUAUUUAAUAUUUUUUUCCUUUUCUAGGACUCCAUUUCCUUGACCCAACUUUUCGGGAAAUGACCUUCCAUCCCAAGGUUCAGGAAAUCUUCAGAGAAAUUGGCUACGAAGAGCCCGAAGUCGUUCAGAGCAUGUACAUUUUCAAGGUUUUUUUUUCUUAAAAUUUUUUAAAAUCAUUUCGAAAGGAUAUAAAAAUCAAUAAAUAUGUUUUUUUGAAAAAUAAAUGCUACGACAAGGGUGAGUUUUUCUUUUUUGAAGAGUACGGUAUGUGAAAGUCCGCGUUUGGCGUGUUUGCACAUUCUGAGUGGUUUUUCCGCGUUUUUUUAAAGUUCAUCGAAAUAGGAAACAGUCGAACUACAUCAACUAUUCAUUCUGAUUCAUUGUGCCAAAAAAACUGAAAAUAUUAUAAUAAAAAUGGAAAACGCGGCGUUUCUGUGCAAACACGCGAUCAUGCGGACUUUUCACAUACAGAUAUCGAUUAUUUUUCCUAACUAAAGUUUCAAUAAAGCGUCUUUUUGAAGUAUAUUAUCGAAUAUAGACAGAUAUUCCGUAUAUUUUUACUAUUUUGUACUUUUUAUAUUUUUUUACUUUUUUUAUACUGAUUUCUCAACUCACAAAGAGAUAUUUUUAGAAAUUAUUGGAUUUUUUUCACAAUUCGGACCAGAAAAAAACCUUUUCCAGCAAAAAGAAGAUCGGAGGAGCCGUGACGGACCACGUGGACGCCACCUUCCUUCGAGUCGAUCCCGUCGAACACCUCACCGGGGUCUGGAUCGCCGUCGACGACGCCACCAUCGAAAAUGGAUGUCUUUCGUUUAUCCCGGGCAGUCAUAAAGGUGGAAAGAAUUGAAAGAAAUUCAACUUGGGUAUUUUUGUAGAAUAAUAAGAGCAGAAAUCUGUUAAUGAUUUUUUUUUUCAAGUGGUCGGAAGUUCAAAUUUCGGGAUUCCAUAAUCAAGCUCCGGGAAAUUCAAAAUAGCCGUCAGAGAGUGGGAAAGAUAACUAAAUUUUGGAGAUUCAGAGAUAAAUCUGAAAUUCGCGGAAGUUUCUUCGUACACGGCUUCUUUUAUACCAAUGCGCUCUAUCGCUUAGGAACUCCCGAGGGGUCCCUAAAGUGGCAUUUUAGGGGCUCUUGUAGAUUCCCCUCAAGGGAUCGCCUUAACACCCCUGUAGGGGCACUAAAGCUUGCAAAAGUGGUCACUUUAGGGGAUCAUGCUAGUGGUCUGUAUAUGUCUUUUACCUUUCAGAUAAGAACAAAAAGUAAAAGACCCCUAUAGGGACCACUUAAGCUUCAGGUGUCACAGCCUGAACUCCUAUAGGGAACACAUAACAUCUGGCUCUCCAGGGAGCACUAUUUUGAGCCUUAUAAGCCCCUUUUAAACUCUAUAGUGAUCACUAUGGCGUUCCUGAGUAGUUCAAGCCUCACUUUGAGCUUCUGUUCCGUAUAAAGAAUUGAAAAAAAUCUUCAUUAAUUGGAAUUUUUACCUCAUUUCAGAAACAACGGCCCUCGAUUAUCGAUUCGUCCGUACCCACAGUCAAAAAGGACCCCUUCUGAAGUUCAUCGGCACCCGGCCAACUUAUGAUUCGUCACGAUUUGUUCCUGUUCCAAUCCCUAGAGGUACCACUUGAUCAAUUUUUCCAAUCCCUAGAUCAAUUGGUUGUACUUUCUUCCGCGAACUUGCUCCAGUUAUAACUCUAAUUUGAAGUAAUUGAAGAUCUGCAAGAGAAAAAUAAGUGAAAAAAUCAAAAUUCAAUUUUCCUGCUCCCAAAGGUUCCCUGCUGCUGAUCCAUGGCCUGGUGGUCCACAAAAGCGAGCAGAAUACUUCGGAAAAGAGCCGCCACGCCUACACGGUCCACGUCAUGGAGCGCAGGAACACCGUUUGGAGCUCUGACAACUGGUCAGUAACAUGAGCAAUACGAAGUAAUGUCGUUUUCAAGGCAUUUUUUCACUUUAGAAACGCUUAAUUCAGCUUUGAAUAAAGGAAAUGUACUGAAAUAAGUAAUUCCGCUGGCUUGAGCCAUUGAAAAAAGGUCCUGAGACGAAAAAAGAGAUAGCAUCUGGUCGGUGGAGAGCGCAGUCAGGCCACGCCCCUUUUUGUCCUAAGCUUGAUUUGAAUCGACUAUAUGUCUUCAAAAAGUGCAUACACUUGAAAAAUAUAUCAAUUUGAGGCUUUUUAAAAGUUUUAAACGCCUUUCAAUGAUUUUACUUCUUUUUCGGGUCUUUUUCAUUAUUCUAUGGCUUUGCCGGUGAGAGAAAGGAGAGCGCAGACAGGUCAGAAUGUAGGAAAAUGUGAUUAAAAAGCGUUGAUGAUGGAAUGGACAAUACUAGUUUCAAUCUUUUCAAAUUUUUUCGGAAAGCAUAUAAUUUUGAAUUUUUUUUUUCUAUCACUUUUUGGUUGCUUCGAGCUGUAAAACCGGUAUUUUUUAAGAUUUUAUUUUUCUAUAACAGUGUUCUUCUAUUUAAAAUGAGGAUCAAACAUGUAAAAUCAGCUAAUAUGAGUCAUAAGAUGAAUAGACUGAAAAAUUUCUCAAUUUUUUUCAGGCUACAAGAAACGGCCGACUACAAGUUCCCUAACCUCUACACGACGGAACCGUGA